AUGGUUAAUAAAGAUCAAAAUGAUAAUUUUGAAGGUAAUAUCAAUACUUCUAAUGAAACAAUUGAAGUAAAACCAAUAACGAAUAUUCCAUCCAUUGAAUUGACUACUGAAACAGAAAUAUCAUCUUUACCAAAAUCUUCUUCUAGAAACAAUUCUACUGAUGGUGAAGAAGAUAAUAGACUUUUUUUAAAAAUUGAUGAAGGAUAUACUGGAAAAGGAUCUAGUCUAUCAUAUGAUGCUGUUGGUUAUCAUUCUGAUGCUGUAACAUCUAUUAGUAAUCAAAGUAGUCCACCAUAUAAUAGUAGUUCUGAAACGUCCCCAACACAAAAACAAGAUUUAUUAAAUCCUGUAUUUCAUACUAAUUCUCUACCUGAAAAGCGUAAUUUUAUUGGAAAAAGCGGAUCAUUUAAUAUUUUCAAAAGUGAUAAUCUUCUUUGUCCAUUUGGUAAUUCAAGAAGAAAUUCAGGAAUAAAUAAUGAUAAUGAGGGAGAAUCUUACUUUUGUCAAGUACCAAUUAAAAUAGCAUCUUUAUCUUUUGUCUUUUCAACAUUGGUAUUGGUUGUAUUGUUAAUCUCUUAUAUUCUUUUUAAAAUUAAACAUUCAUCAAUUGCGCACAAUAUUGAAAAUAAUGAAUACGCAAAAUUGACCUUUUGCAUACUACUUAUUGGAGUUAUCUAUCUUGUCUUUUCUUCUUUUUAUAUUUAUGGAUUAGCAGUUGAUAAAAAAAAAUACCUGUUACCAUUAGUCUUUGCUACAAUAUCAUUUUGUGUAGCAUUAUUAGGAGCAACUAUUUCAUUUAUCAUAAGUACACCAUCAGAAAUUAAAGAAGAAUUAAUGAAAAUUGAAAUGGAACGUGAUGCAAUUCUUGAAAUUGAAAAAAAAUUAUUUUUAGCAUCUUCAAAUGACAUUCGUGUCCAACAUCUACCAAUAAAUUCACAUAACUACAGUGAAAAUAAAAUAUCUGAUAUAAUAUUAUAUAGAUUUAUUCUUAUAUGCAUAAUUAUUUAUCAAAUUUUUACUGUUUUUUGUUAUUACAAGACAUAUAAAUAUGUGGAAAAAAUUUCAAGAAAAGAUUGUAAUCAAUCAAGUCAAAUACAAUAA